GCGGACCUGAACUGGGGCCCAAGUGGCGAGGAGGCGGGGGCUGGCAGUGGUGGCAGCAGCGGUAGCAGCUUCUAUGGUGUAAGCAGCCAGUAUGAGAGCUUGGAGCACAUGACCCUCACCUGCUCCUCCAAAGUCUGCUCCUUUGGCAAGCAGGUGGUGGAGAAGGUGGAGACAGAGCGGGCCCAGCUGGAGGAUGGGCGGUUCGUGUACCGCCUGCUGCGCUCGCCCAUGUGCGAGUACCUGGUGAACUUUCUGCACAAGUUGCGGCAGCUGCCAGAGCGCUAUAUGAUGAACAGCGUCCUGGAGAAUUUCACCAUCCUCCAGGUGGUGACAAACAGGGACACCCAGGAGCUGCUGCUCUGCACUGCCUAUGUCUUCGAGGUCUCCACCAGUGAGCACGGUGCCCAGCACCACAUUUACCGCCUGGUCAGGGACUGAAGGGGGGACCCCAGAACCCCUGCCAGCAUGAACCCUUCAGCCCUCCCCAUGCUCUGUAUUUGGGGAGGGGCUCAAUGAAAAGGGGCUGACCUCAGAUGCCUGAGCAGCUGGGACUGUCCCCAAUUAGAAGGGACCCUUGCUCAGUGGCUGGGAUGGAAGACAGACCCCAAUAUUGAGACCUCACAGGAGGUGUGUGGGAAAAGGACAGAUCACUCCAAAGCUUUGGGGACUGGGGACUGGAGCAGCCUCAGAAAGAGUCCAUACAACCUCUUCUGGAAG